AACCUGUAGCCUACUAUGCCGAUAUAGUCUAACUAAUUUUUACUGGUUACCGUGUGGAGGGUGGAAAACGAGCUGUUUAAGUGAAUACUGAUCCAGAAUAUAAAUCAAUGAAGCAAGAAAUCAAAUCACAAAAGUAAAAUGAACUUUCGAGUACAACAGUAGCAGCCAACAACUUGGUGAAACGGCGUUAAUUUUUAAGUAGUUUCAGAAAUUAAAAACGAUGGCAACGACGGACGUGAUCUCCUAUUACUCCAAUGGUUUCGUGGUAGAGCACGUCCCUAUAGAUGAAACUGGGAACUUUACGGACGCAUAUUGCCAAAGUUGGCUUCUGAUACCCGCGGAAAAUUUAUGGCCGGCUUGGUUUCGAGGGUUUAUCUAUAUCAUCGCGAUAGCUUAUCUGUUCAUUGGGGUUGCGAUUGGUAGCGAUGUAUUCAUGACCAGCAUUGAGGUGAUUACAAGCAAAAAGAGGACGAUUAUAAUUUGGGAUGAAGAACUGGGAGAAAAUACUAAGAAAGAGGUUCUGGUUUGGAACGAAACGGUAGCGAACUUGACUCUCUUAGCUCUGGGAAGCAGUGCACCCGAGAUAUUGCUUGCUACAGUGGAAACUAUAAACGAAAUCCUGAGUGGAAACCAAGCGAAGGGCGGAGGUCUUGGGUUCUACACAAUAGUUGGCAGUGCGGCAUUUAACUUGUUGGUUAUAACUGGUAUUUGCAUUAUUUCAGUUCCCUCACCCAGCCAUAAAAGCAUAAGAGAGUUAGGGGUUUUUAUUCUUACAUCAAUGUGGUCGCUACUGGCUUACGUGUGGCUUCUAUGUGUGAUGUUAUGGACAUCACCCAACGUGGUGGAACCAUGGGAGGCAUGGCUGACUCUUAUAUUCUUCCCAUUGCUGGUGAUCACAGCAUAUGCUCAGGACAACGGGUGGUGGAUGUAUAAGUUACGAGGUCAGAACUCUGUACAAGAUGCCAGCAAACCAAGGGACGAAGAUCCAGCGAUGGUCAAUGGUUUGUCUUCUAGGAGAGGUUCGGCAGUAGGGGUGAAAUCGCCAGAGAAAAGUCGAAAAAUGAACUGGACAAAUGAAGGUGUUUGUUCUGUUUCUAAUGGAGAUAUCUGCGGUGGAACGCCAAACAUGGGCAGUCCUGCCCUUAAACGACAUAUACGUCGUGUUUCUAUCGCCGCACCUACUAAUCCAGCAGCGAUUGAGUUGGCAAGUAUAUCCAAGAAGGAUAACGGAAGAAAAGAAAGCGAGAGAAGACAAGUGGAGCCUGAACCCGCUUACAGAGCGUUUGCAAGGGCAAGAUUUCGCCACGCAGCCAUUUGGUCGAUUGGCGGCCGCAAGAGAAAACCAAUUAAUUUAAAUUUGCAACCGUCUCCAAAGCUGCCGGUGAAUGAUCCAAAACUACUCUCGGUUGUUUCGAAAAUUGCUUCGAUAAGAAAACUAUACAGCAACAAUAACGCUAUUCAAGCGUACCCAAUUACAAUGGACAUGUUGGACGAGUCAAGUGGGAAUGUUGCUUUUGCUUCCUCUGCAUAUUCAACAUUGGAAAGUGCGGGAGAAUUAACCAUCGAUGUUUUGUUGCAUCGUAGGAAAAGACCGAAAGGCCAAACCGUAAUCCCAACUACGAAUGCGAACGGGAAGUUCGACACACAGAUAAUGCCAGGCGUUAUAUCGGUGGAUUAUGAGACCAGGGAAGGGACAGCCAAGAUAAACAAGGAUUUUAAAUACACAUCUGGAACAUUGAUCUUUCCUGAAGACACCUAUGUUCAAUCAAUCUCGAUUCCGAUCAUCAACGACGAUCAAUAUUAUCCGGACACGGAUUUUUACGUCAUACUCAAGAACCCAAGUGGGGAUGCAACGCUUGGAGAUCCUUCUGUUUCUAGAGUCACCAUUAUUGACGAUGAUAAGCCCGGCGAUUUUGUUCUAGAAACAUCUCAACUUUACGCUGAUAUGGAAAAGGGGGAAGUCAGCGCAACAGUGUUGCGUCAGUGCGGGAGCGACGGGGUCGUCUUUGUACAUUACGCAACCAUUGACGGGACAGCACAUGGCGGUGAAACCAUGGAUCUCGGUGUAGACUACGUUCAUACAAGCGGGAAACUUGAGUUUAAACAUCAGGAAACUUCUAAAGUAAUCACGAUCGAGAUAAAUAAAGAUAUUACAGAGACAAAGAACUUCGUGAUAAUUCUACGAAAUCCAAGCCAAGGUUCGCAUCUCGGAGAACAUAGUGCAGCAGUGGUGAAUAUCAACCUUGAAGCUUGUGGUAUUAACAGUAUGAGUCGAGUCUUGAUCGAUGAAAACGACACAACAUGGGUGGGCCAAAUUCGAAAUGCGAUGAUAGUCGGGGGUGAGAUGGACGACUACGGUAACGAAUCCCCGCCUUCCAAUACGGACUUUCUCAUGCACGCCAUUUCAAUGCCGUGGAAAAUUGUAUUUGCACUUGCACCUACACGUCAUGCCUAUGGAGGAUUUCCUGCCUUCAUCAUAUCUCUUCUAAUGAUUGGUUGCCUGACAGCUAUUAUAGAACAGCUUGGACAUCUGUUGGGAUGUGUGGCGACACUAAAAACACAAGUUACUGGGAUAACGAUCAUUGCGCUUGGAACAAGUUUGCCAGAUACAAUUGCUUCAAGAACAGCAGCUUUACAAGAUGAUUAUGCUGAUGCUUCUAUUGGGAAUAUAACAGGGAGUAAUAGCGUGAAUGUGUUUCUUGGCCUUGGUUUGCCCUGGGUCAUACGGACGAUGUAUUUCGCUGUAAAAGGAGGCCAAUAUAUCGUAGAUACCGACGGACUCGACUUUGCUGUUACUUUGUUCGAUUCCUUUGGGGCAGUUUGUGUUGUGCUCCUAAUAUUAAGGAGGUACGUACUUGGCGGGGAACUCGGUGGGAGCACUCGGGUUAAGUGGGCGAGUGGAAUCUUUCUUUUCACGCUGUGGUUUAUUUUUAUCAUCGUAUCUUCACUAAAGGCGUAUAACUAUUUCUAAGAGAGAAGCUACCUAAGAGGCGAAACACGGGCAUGACCUGCAAAAAAUUGUGGAAUAUUUUUAGCUUUACGCCCCAGCAAAGUUUGUAUGUUCGUUCUUUUUUGUCGAUUUGUAUUAUACCACUAUACAUGUUUCGCGCAACCGCUGUUGAAUUUUGAAGCGGUUGAAAUAUAAUCUUAUAAAAUAUGA